AAAUGCAGGAGAGAAUGGAAGGCAAAGGAGAUCAUGAAGCAGCAUUGGCUAUAUGGGACUGUGGCAGCCCCUUGUAUGACUCGUAUGAACUGGCCUCGGUUACUCAUUUGAUCGAGCGCCAUCUGAUGGAAUUCCCAUAUAUAGGAGGAUCGUUCAAGCGGUUCAUAGCCAAGGACGUUUGUCAUUCCUCUUCAUCCGAUAGGACCUCAGCUACUAGUACUACUACUACUACUACUACUACUACUACUACUACUACUACUACAAUGUUGGAGGCAAAUGGGUCUAAUUCAAUGGAGGAAAGCCAAAUAUUGGGGAUCAAGAAGAUGUGGAAGAGGAAGGAUGGAGGGAAAAAAGACAAGACCAAGGAAAUGAAGACUGCUGGAUUUUUCGGCCUUUACAGGAGGCUUGGUCUCUGGAGGAAGAAGCAUUGCAGGUGA